AUGCGUCUUAUCCUCACUGGUGCCACAGGCGUUGUCGGCUCCGCAGCCCUCAACCACAUCCUCAGCCUCCCUGCGGGCGAGAUUUCAGCGCUGUACAUCAUCAGCCGCAGUCCAGUGCCGGCCGCAGAAAACAAACCCAAUGUCACUGUCAUCCAGCACACGAACUAUAACGAGUACCCGCAGGAGCUGUUGGACAAGCUGAAGGGGGCGGAUGGGUGUAUCUGGGCGCAGGGAAUAUCGCAGACGUUGGUUACGAAGGAGGAGUAUAUCAAAAUCACGCUAGACUACCCUCUUGCCGCAGCAAAGGCAUUCUCGACAUUAUCUGACUCGUUCAAUUUCGUCUAUGUCUCUGGAGAGGGUGCGACCCAAACCCCGGGCAUGUUCACACCCCUCUUCGGCCGCGUGAAAGGUCAAGCCGAAACUGCUCUGCUCAAUCUCUCCACAAAGUAUCCCAGCCUCAAACCGUUCUGCGUGCGUCCGGCCUACGUGGACACGGCGAACGACCCUGAGACUCUCAAAGCUAGACUGCGACGGCCAGAUCAGCAAUCUUUCAAGGCUAAAUCAAUACAUGCAAUCUUUGGCCCGCUAAUGCGAAAUGUGCUCACAAAGAGCGAUUCGCCGACAGAGCACCUAGGGAAGUUCUUGACAGACCUUGCGAAAGGUGAUGGGAAGCCUUUGUCUGGUGAGGGAGUUGCCGGGGGUGGAAGGAUCAUCCCAAACGUCGUUUUCCGGCGGGUUGCUGGGAUCUAG